AUUUCAUCCAAACUCAGCAAACCUACUGGAAACCAUGUAUUCAAUUUCAACUUCUUCUACUUCAUCCCAACUAUUGCAGAAUUUUCUUGGAAACUUUCAUUCCAGAAAAUUACUGCUUUAUUACAAACAAUCGAACCAACCAUCAGCUCCUCCUCCUUACCCUCAGAAUACCAGUUUAGACCAAAAUGUUUGCAUGGUACUUUCAGUCAUCUUUUGUGGCAUAAUUUUCUCAUUGGGGCUAAACUUAAUUAUCAAAUGUCUGCUAAGGUGCUCCAACGGGUCGGCUUCCGACUCCAUCAACAACACUUCAGCUGCAAUACUUAAUAAAGGAAUCGAGCCAGAGGCACUCAAGACUUUCCCCGUGGUGAAUUACUCAGCGGAGAUGAAUCUGCCGGGGCUGGACGGGGAAUGCGUGAUAUGCCUGUCGGAGUUUACACCUGGCGAGGGCCUGCGGUUUCUACCGAAAUGCAACCAUGGAUUUCAUGUUCGUUGUAUUGAUAAGUGGCUUAAAUCACACACAUCAUGCCCCAAAUGCAGGCAUUGUUUGCUUGAAACAUGCCAAAAGAUCAUGGGAUGUAACCAAAGUAGUAGAUCAUUGGAAUCAUGUGUUCCAGCUCAGGACAGCAUUAUGAAUAUUCAACCUCUGGAACCUGAAGGUAUGGCACGUGAUUAUAGGGGUGUUAGCUGAUCUGAUUCUGAAGGUGUUAUAUUCCACGAGCGAAGCUCAUUUUGGAAAUGGAAAACCAUACUGUCAACUUGUAUUCGAAUAUUCUUAAAAAUUAUAAAAUUCAAGUAAAAUGAUUGAAUA